UAAUGGUCGCAUCGCAAAAUUAGACUGCGACGUCGCAAAUUUGCCGAUCGCAUCGCAAAAUGCGUUUCAUCAAAAUUGCGACGUCGCAAAGAGCACCUGCUGGUCGCAAAUAUCGGUGCUUUUUUUGCGACGUCGUACUACCAGUCGCAACUUGACUUUAAGACGCAAAAAUGGCCGACGCAGUUGCGGUUAUUUUCCAACAACGACGUUGUCGUCGAAGAAAAGUGCCCAUAAGGCGAGUUUUUAAUGCUCGCAUUUCAUCGAUAGUGGUACGGGAUCUUGAUUUUGUUUCCCGUUACCGUUUGGAUCGGGUGUUGUUUCAAAAUUUGCUUGAAACAGUCGGCCAGACUUUGGAAAAGACCUAUCGCGGUGGACAUACUAUUCCUCCCGACACUCAAGUUCUUGUUGGUCUUCGGUGCCUGGCAAAAGGUGCCUUUUUUUCGGAGGUUGCUGACACACACGGAGUGAGCAGAUCGAGUGUCUGCAGAAUUAUCCAUGGAUUUGUCGAUGCUUAG